UUGAAGUACAAUUUUUGGUGUAAGUGCUGCACAUCCACCCAUAUUUUUAAAAAGCUUUAAGAGCAUUGACAACGGUGAGGUCUUACCUUACCACGCACUGCCACUCAUGGAGAGGAAAGGAGCACAAUGGGCAAAGUAAAAAUUGGAUCGCAUGGCAUGAUGCGUGUCACUCUGAUUUUCGUGGCGAGUGCGAGGGUCUCUAUACGCCGACCCGAUGUCAUCACCUGCACACAGUCAUGGACCGAAUCUGACGGAGCAGGAGCUGCAGCUCCGACAAGAGGAGAUAUAUUCAUCCAGCGCCAGCAUUCCGCGGCGGCUAUGGCUGCCGCGCCAAAGAAGAAAAGGCAUAAGAAAGAAAAAGUCGUCAAAUUCUCGACUUUAGCUCCGAGCUGUUAUGGGUGCGGUGCUCCAUUACAGUCGUCCGAAAUGGAUGUUCCAGGAUAUGUUGACCAGGAAACCUAUGAUUUGAAGAGGAAACAUCAUCAGCUAAGGACAGUCCUUUGUGGAAGGUGCCGCUUAUUGUCUCAUGGCCACAUUAUUACUGCUGUUGGUGGACAUGGGGGUUAUUCUGCUGGGAAGCAGUUUGUUUCAGCAGAAGAGCUUCGGGAAAAGUUAUCUCAUUUGCGUCAUGUGAAAGCUCUGAUUGUCAAAUUGGUAUCGACAAAUGAGACAAUAAUUAGUCACAAUAGUUAUUUUAUAUUGAUUUAUAAGAAACAGUCAUGACUCAGGAGGAUUCCAGCAAGGAUUUGACAAAGUAUCUUGGUUUGCAAAAUUGGCAGUAUUUUUUGUACAUUUAGAAAAAGGCUGUAAGUACACUAAAAUCCAAGUAUGUAAGAGUUCAAAAAUGCUGUGCAGAUAGAUUAUGCUUUUUAAGUCCCAUAAAAUAAGAUAGUACUGUACAUACUAGCAUUCCAAUAUUAGUGGUUUGCACAGUAGUCAUAUACAUUUCGUACUACCUUUAGUGUGCGAAUUGUGCGUUACUUGACCCUCUU